UGUCCCCCAGCCCCACAACCAUUUUCAUUGCCCUCCACUGGACUCUCCAAUGUGUCCACAUCCUUUCUGUAGUGGGGGCCACAGCUGGACACAGCACUCCAGAUGUGGCCUCCCCAGUGCUGAACAGAGGGAAGAAUCACUUCCCUCGAUCUCUCCAACAAUUGGUUUAGUAUUGUUCUGUACUCAAAAAACGAUUGAAAGCUCAGAGCUGGCCUUUUCCAAGGGGCGCCUUGAGUCUACAAAGGUUGAAAACCACUGGUUUAGAAAAACAAACAGCCCCUCGACCUUCCAGCAUCACAAGGCAAGUAAAAUAUAAAGAAACCCACUUUUCUCCCCUUUCCACCUCAUGGGUUUGCGAGCCAGGCUCAUGAGUUUCAGUGGGCCUGGUCCAUUAUCUCUGCAAGCUCAGACGUGACAUAAGUAUGAAGCUUUACUGUUGUCACGUAGCCCCAGAGCUCUCCAUCGCCCGUGCUGGCCCCUCUUUUGUGUGCACACAUCCACAGUCUUGCCCCGGUCAUCAUCCGUGGAGGCACCUAGACAUCUGGGCAGCGGCUUUGUAAGCACUAUUGUGUGACAUUAAUUGCAUCAUAAGGUGAAGAUGCAAUAACCUGAGAGUUUCAGCAAUGCUGUCUACUCAUUACAAACAGCUCUGUGAGACGUGUGGGUUCAACAGGGGCAUCACUUCACCAUCUAGUGUGUGGGGAAACUAAAGCACUAAGAUAGGUGUCUUUCCCAGGGUUACAUAGGGCGUCGGUGGCAGAGGUGGAGCUGGAGUUGAGGAGUUCCUAGAUCCCAGUCCAGCAUUGAAUCUAAUUACCCAGAGCUGCACUCAGGUUGUUCCAGCCUUUUCAUCCAGCUCUUUUGCCAAUCUCAGCUCCGGACCCCGACGGAGGGUCAAAUCUCUGAAGGGUCAAGGAUUUUCUCUCUCUCUUUUAUGCUUCCACCCCCCCGCCCAGAAAUAUAAAGGGCAGAAAUGAAGGUGGUUUCCUCCCAGAGUGAUAAACCUGUCAGCAGUAGAGCUCUUUUUCCAACUGUUUGUUCAUGCACUUGAGUUUUUAUGGAUAAAAAGCAACGUUUUAAACAGUUUUCCUGUCCUUCCCGACAGAAUCAGGUUUGUAUUCAAGCCUUCUCUGACGCCCUGCCUCCACCAGCUCUCAUCUCUUCUCCUCUCGCUCGCUGGCUCCUUCGGAAAGCCAGAGUCAACAAACCUGGAAUUCUUCAUGUAAAUGAAAAUACGAGUCAAAAACAAGCAGACAAAACACCACCACCACCCUUUGGCUCAGGCUCGUCUCUCGUUCCGCGCUGGACUCCGGCUGUGACCAACCCAGAGUUCAGGGCACUUUGUUCCAGCUUUCCAGGGAGGCUCAUUUGCAAAGUUCAGCUCCAGCUCUGGGUUCAGAUCUUAGCCCCAUUCCCCUAACUAAGGGAGAUGAACUGGGCACCAGGCCUGGGUGCUGUUUUGGGGGACUGCAAAAAUAGCAGUCACUGCCACUGACGCCUGAGGCAAAGAAGGGCCCAUUUCUCCUAAUUUUAUCGUAACAUGGACACUUCAUGCCAACCCCAAUCACAACUGCAUAUUGUGAGGCAUUUUUCGGAGUCCAAAUGGGGAAACUGAGGAUGAAGAGAAAAGCAAAACCUAGCCCGUCCUAUGCACCUCAUCAGCCCACCCUAUGCUCCUAGCCCACCCUAUGCACCUAGCCCAUCCAAUGCACCUCAUUGGCACAUCCUAUGCACCUAGCCUACCCUAUGCACCUCAUCAGCUCAUCCUAUGCACCUGGGCCACCCUAUGUACCUGAUCAGUUCAUCCUCUGCUCCUAGCCCAUCCAGUGCACCUCAUCGGCACAUCCUAUGCACCUAGCCCGCCCUAUGCACCUCAUCAGAUCAUCCUCUGCUCUUAGCCCAUCCAAUGCACCUCAUUGCUCCAUCCUACGUACUUAGCCCAUUCAAUGCACCUCAUCAGCUCAUCCUCUCCUCCUAGCCCAUCCAAUGCACCUCAUUGCCCCAUCCUAUGCAACUAGUCCACACUAGGCACCUCAUCGGUCCAUCCUAUGCACCUAGCCCACCCUAUGCACCUCAUCAGCUCGUCCUCUGCUCCUAGCCCAUCCAAUGCACCUUAUCGGCCCAUCCUUUGCAACUAGCCCGCCCUAUGCACCUCAUCGGCUGCCCAGUGCUAUGGCAUGGAUGGAGCAUGUACAUGCAUGUGCAUGUGUGUGUGCAUGCGUGCAUGUGUUUCUGCCCCUAUGCAGAUCUGAGGAGGAUGCCUUCCUGCUCCAUCGGCAAUUCAUAAAAUAUUUGCUGCAAAGCUUAAGUUUUCAUGCAAGCACCAGUGCUCACAUCAGGUAGGGCUGGCGGGGCCCUCUGGAUGUCCCAUCUAGUCCAUCUCCCUGUUCAAGGCAGGAUCAUGCCUGUCUAAAGCAUCCUAGACAAGUAUUUGUCCGUCCCCUUCCUAAAAUUACACACUCUCACCUUGUCACACAGUUUUGCAUCAAAACACCAAGACCCCCCAAUCUGCCAUAGGGAAUGAAACAUAAUCCUUGUCCUAGCCCCCGCAGGGCUAUUAAAACACCCCAAGGACUUCAGCCACUUGCACGUGCUUUCAACACGACCCAGGCUCCUUUUUCCGGGCAAGACCAAGGGCACUAAUUGCCCGAGGCUGAUUGGCUGCAGCAGCUUGGUUGCUUAGCCGUGGCCUCUCAGGCCCUCCUCCUUGCAGAAAAACCAAGGUAUUUCCAACCAAGGUGCUGCAACUCUCUGGUCUUUGUCCAAGGGGGCUUCAUGCCUGCAGAGAGGCACUGGCCAUGACAUGAGGCCCCCCCAGCUUUGGGAGCCCCAGCUGGGAAGUGUCAGCUUUCGGCCCCCCCAAAAGCAUCACGAAGCAGUUACGGGGAUGAGGUUUUUCCUUCAAUAUGUCACCUGCUUCCUUGCCUUCUUCUCCUCUGGGUUUCUCAUCAUGGCGACCUGGACAGACUGCUGGAUGGUGAACGCCGACGACUCGCUGGAGCCCUUCUUUAGAGUGAAGCUGGUGCUGACCUGAGCCACGAUGAUCACAGCCGACAUCCUGGCAGGAUUCGGAUUCACCUUCCUGCUGCUGGGUCUCGACUGCGUCAAGUUCCUCACCGACGAGCCCAACAUCAAGCUCCGCAUCUGCCUGGUGUCGGGGGUUAUGCUGCUCACGGCAGGCAUCCCAGGCCUCAUUGGCUCGGUGUGGUACGCUAUUGGUGUGUAUGUGGAGCGCUCCUCUCUGGCCUUGCACAAUGUGUUUCUUGGUAUCCAGUAUAAAUUUGGCUGGUCCUGCUGGCUUGGUAUGGCUGGGUCGCUGGGAUGCUUCAUGUCUGGGGCCGUGCUCACCUGUUGCGUGUAUCUCUUCAGAGAUGUUGGCUCUGGGAGGUUUCACUCUCCUCGCUCCCUGAGGAAGAUGUAUUCCCCAGCGGGCACCAUUGUGGCAAACGCGUACCGUCCGUCUUCUCGGACAGCCACUGCCCAAAUGUACGCGGUGGUGUGACACCAGAGUGUGAGGAGCAGAAGAGGGUGAGAUAAAGUGCUCUGCUCUCAGCUUUCUCUGUACACGCAGAGCCCUGGACUCCAGCGGUUGCCAGACAGAUGCUCAGUUCCCACUUAAAGAGAUGUGGCAGAAAGAAAAAUAAUCAACAGCAAGGAUGCAACCUCGGAGAAUUAAGGACUCCCGCUGGGUUGAAUAUGGAGAGGUGCCAAGCACCUGCUAAGCUAACUCAGUCUGUCAGACUGUGGCUCACAAGGUUUCAUGCAAAUUAAAUCAGCUUCUUACAGGAUCAGGGCCUGAUAUUCUGUAUAAAACCCUCAGACAGUAAGUCAGAGCCGGUGUGUGCCUGACAACAUGCUGCCAGCCCAGGCAGAAGGGCUUUGGCUAGGAGAAGCGGCUACUGGGGAGCUGGUACAUGAGUGCGUUCCCUUCAUGAGAGCAGCAAUGUGUUCAUGCAGAAUAAAGAGGGUUGUAUGAAACUCCACCACCGCUGUCAGAGUCUGGAGCCUGUGGAUAUCCUAGCAGGAAACACGCUACUAAAGAAGAUGCAAUCAUCCCUGUGACUCGCCAGCCUCGUCCUUCUGCAUAUUGCAAGCUUUAAACUGUCUCCUGCAAUACGCUUUGUCUUCAAGAUAGGCUGAAACCAGGAGGGGAGCUUUAUCUGACCAGGAGAAACAAAGGCAUGCUUCGUGUCCUGAUGCUUUGCUGCUCAAAAAUGCUUUAAGAAAUGUCGAGAGAAGGAAAAGAUGAGCGCAGGAGGAAUAAAGCAGGUGUGAUUCAGUCACUGAGCCUGCCGAGAACGGAUGCGAAGGUAUGGGAGAGAAAGGAGUACAAGUCAUCCUCCAGCUGUUUCUCCCUGAAGGUUUUCGCCUGUGAGUGUGCAUGACGGGGAGAGAAGGCUAAUACUACAUCCAAAAUCAGCCUUUUUGCUCCUGUGUUUCAAAUCAUUGGAGACCACCAGGUUGCAAAAGAGGUUUCAUAACUGCCACAAAAGGGAGGGACUUGGGGCUACGCAGCUCAGCCCAGAUUGGGCCAUUUCACUGGGGUACAAGACCCACGAUGCCCUGAUCCUAGGACUUAGGACCGUGGGGCUAGACGGGACCUCAGAGGCCACCAAGUUCAGCCCCCUGCUCAGAUGCAGGAGGUGCUGUUCCCCACAUCCCAGACCCACGCCUGCCCAGUCUUUGCUUGGAAACUUCCCCUGGAGAUGCCCCCACGAUGGCAGAGGAGCUGGGUUAGCAGCCACACAGGUAAGCACUGGAGAAGGUGUGUUUCUCUUGUGCUAUCACCUCUCCAACAAAUGCAGAUCCAUUUGCUGUCCUGAGGCUCAUCUGAGGGCAGGCAAAGACCAAGGCAACCAGGCUGUGCUAGCCUAACCCAACUGAAAGCCCAGACACAGAUAGAUGAUGGUGUUUUAAUGUUUGUCCUCCCAACCACCAUCCUCAUCCUGAUGCCCCAAAGACCAAACAAGCUAAAAAAAUGUCCCUUUUAUUUUUCCUUUUGCAUUUUGUUAAGCUGGGGACAGCUGCCUUCUCACUAUGGAUUUUUCUAUAACAUUUGUAAGGUGUGAAUAAAUAGUCGUAUAUGCUAAAGGAGCAGGGUGUGUGCAUCCAGCGUGUAGCAAAUGCUGCCUUAAAUCACACUGCAUCAUCCGGGGUUGUAAAAGUGUGUGGAUGCCAAACCAAUCUGUAAGAAACGGGGACCAGAGGCCAUUUGGGAUGAGAGUGGAAUAAAGUUUAACUAUGCAAAGUUCAGGCCGAGGCAUCUUCAAGGGACCUCACCAUUGCCUUGAGGGGCUGGGGGACAAGUUGCACAGCUGAGGUUAGUGGUCUAUAAAAACGGGUCCUAUGCCCCGUUCCUUCCCAAUCUGGAUCAUGCUUGCAUUCGCCUGGUUAUUUGAUCACUUGUUGGCUUCAGUCUGUACGACUGUGAGUCUGCUGAUGGAUUUGAUCCUAAUGGUAACUUUGAUUUGGUGAUGGCAAUGCUGGAUUUUUCUGAGCUUUGCUGAACUUCCUCUGCUGCUUAGUGACCUUUUGAAGAGACUCAUAUUUUGUUUGGGCUCCAUCUAAACCAGUGGUGUUCAACCUUUUUUUCAUUUGCGGACUCCUAAAAAUGUUCAAAUGAAGGUGCAGACCCCUUUGAAUGGUAAGUGUGGGUAUUAGUCACAUACUUUUGAUUGAGCCUAGCCAUCUUUCCGGGACCCCUUAGACAUAGUCUAAAGACCCCCAGAGGCCCAUGGACCACAGGAUGAAAACCACUGGUCAAAUCUAUUCCCAUUUCCAGGGCACUGCCAGGCUGGAUUGGGAUUUAAGGCAGGCUGUUCCUGGGAUUUAAGCUUUUUUGGUCUGUUUGUGUCAUAGUCACUCCUUAAAAUGCAGGUGCCUGGUCACCUAUUUCCCCUGAGCGCUGCUGGGCUAACCAAGCUGCCAAGCUGUCUCCUAAGACUUCAGGAUCCACUUCUAUGGGAAUGCCCUUUCUCUCCCUUUCAAGCUCAAGGUCUCAGUCCUCCGAAUCAACUGGAUCAAUCAUUUGGUGGUUUUUGCCAUUAGCCAUUUUCAUACCAGGCUUUCAUCCCAUGCAGGUAACUAAGCCCCGAAACAUCUGCCUGGAAUAAGAAGAAAUAGUAGCUCCUAGGAGGGUGGUCAGCAGCGUGCUCGGGACCCCGGGUCUCUGUGCUCAGCUCCCCAGACUGAGUUUAGGGGGCUGAGCCCAUUUGCAAUGCUCGAGGCAGGACAGGGGUGGGCAGCAGGAGCCCGGCACACAGCCACAACCUUCUUGGAGGAACUGGACUGAAUAAGGGACCCCCCAAGACAAGUGUGUGAACCCUACUUUCCCCUUUGAUCAGCACUGGGGAGGCCACAUCUGGAGUGCUGUGUCCAGCUGUGGGCGCCCCACUGCAAAAAGGAUGUGGACAAGUUGGAGAGAGUCCAGCGGAGGGCAAUGAAAAUGGUUGGGGGCUGGGGGCAUGACUGGUGAGGAGAGGCUGAGGGAAUGGGCUGAUUGAGUCUGCAGAAGAGAAGACCAAGGGGGAUUGAACAGCAGCCUUCACCUCCCUGCAGGGGGGCUGCAACGAGGAUGGAGCUGGGCUGGUCUCAGUGGGGGCAGAUGGCAGAAGGAGCAAUGGGCUCAAGCUGCAGCAAAGGAUGUUGAGGUUGGAUAUUAGGAGAAACUUCCUCACUAGCAGGGUGGUGAAGCACUAAAAUGGGUCACUCAGAGAGGUGGUGGACUCUCCAUCCUUGGAGGUUUUAAGACCCAGGUAGACAAAGCCUUGUCUGGGAUGAUGAAGUUGGGGCUGGUCCUGCUUGGAGCAGGCGGUUGGACUAGACGUGAUCUCCUGAGCUCCCUUCAACCCUUGUCUUCUAGGAUUGUGUGAUACUUGGGAAUGGUCAAGAUGGGAUUAAUAAGCAGAACAGCUCUUCCCCCAGCCCUGCCUAGCAGCAGCUGGGGUAAAACUCCAGGCAGGGUUUGGGGGAGGGAGGGGAAGCCCCUCCAACAGGCUCCUUAACAGCAGCUUGGCAAGAAGAUCCCACGGGAUGGGGAGAAAACCAAGAUUAUCAGGUUCUUGGGAGGACCAGGAGCCAGUGUCCUAUUGGGCCAGGGUGCUGUGACAGCCCCUGAGUGACAGGAUGCCGGAUCAAACCCUUCACACGUACCUUAGGAUGGGAAGUGACCCGAUGAAGGUCCUUUUGGUAGGUGAAGACCGGCCAGCGGACGCAAAUAUUGAUAGCUGGAAAAUCACCUCCCUGAUUAGUUUUUUCCACUCUUUCCAAACAUAUAUUGAUUUCCUAGUGCAAUGCACACCAGAUCAUAGUUUUCUAAUAUAACACUGAAAUCUGCAUGGCCCAUUUUCUGCCUGCCAUAGUUCAGCUUCCCUGCCAGCUUCAUCAGCUUCAAUUAGCCACGGAAAUAAUGUCCUUUGCUCUGAUACUUUAGGAAGAAACAAUUCACCCAUUUGGACGGCUUAUUUUCUAAUAUACGGAUCCCUUCCUCUCACCCCCACCCGUGUUCUUGCAAUGUUUGCAUUGGCUGGAGGGGCCUUGACAAGGAGGUAGAUCCAGAAAGUAGGAUUUUUCUUAAUCAGAGAAAUCUCAGAGCCGCGGGGCUGGCAGGGAGCUGCAGAGGGCACGUCCAGUCCAACCCCUGCCUGAGGCAGGAUCAGCCCCGUCCCAACCAGCUCAAACACAUCCAGCAUCUAAACUCUGCAUAAGACUACCAUCAGCCCUAUCGCAAUGCAAGACAUCACACCUAAACCUGCCCCCGGUAAAGCAGGGGAGACAACCCCCCCAAGUCUGUACCAAUCUUAUUUUAUGGUGCAAUUUUAUGGUGGAAAAUCCUUUCCUGACCCCAAAUGUGGCAAUGGCCUGACCCUGAGCAGAGGGACAAGACCCUCCAGCUAGAAAUCGCAGGCUUUAAAUCCCAGCAUUGGCACAGCCCAGUCCCCAUCCCCAGCCUGGGCUGCAGCCAGCAGCUGGUGCCUCUGGGAGAGGCUUACAAGAAUACAAAAAUAAAAUAAAAAUAAACCCAAUCUUUCACCUGUAGCAUUAAGUGCAUUUAAUGUUUUAGAAAGGGAAGGAACGAAGCCCAGUCUCCGAAUGCCGCAUCAUUUCUAGUCCCUCCUGCAGGCUUUUCCCAGAGGGAGAGGACACUUAAAGUUUUGCUAGGUUAGCAGGGGACCUGCCGUGCUGGAGGUAAUGUCCCUCCUGGCAGCAAGGAGGAGAUGGCAGCCGCACAAAUAGGAACAAGUUCUUGGAAGAGAUUUGAUCCUGGAGGUAGAAAAGUAGCUCUGCUGAUGGCUAGUGCCAGACCCCCUGCCUCUCUUUUGCAAGGCCCAGGAGAUGUUGUCACGUGCUUUGCUUUAGAUGCACUUGAAUUUUAAGCCUUUCCUUAAGGCUUUCAAGGGAUGGGAUGGGAAGGGACGGGAGCAACUAUUCAGGCUGGUUUCUGCCAGGCUGAGACCCAAGUCUUGCAGAUUCUUAAGCAAAGAUGAGAUAAUUGUCAUUACUAGAACGAGUAAGGGCCAGACUCUCAGCACCUUACUUCUUUAAAGGGGAAAACUACAGACUUCCCAGAGGCCUGCGCUCCUCCUGCAGCAUUUAAAAAUAAUGGGCAAACGCACAAUUAUAAUCAUGACAACCCUUCAGCGUGCUUGUUUGCAAGGCUGUGAAUGCAGGCAUUUUCAAUACAGGCUCUCUUGGCAGGCAGGGCCGAUUAUACCCAUUUUACAGGUUAGCCCAUUUUAUCGAGUUCAGCCAGAUUCACCAAGGGAUGUGCUUAGAGGAAAGGGGUAUCGGUCACUAUUGAGCCUGGGAGCGAGGGGCACGGCCUCUGCAUCAGAGCAUCCUAGACCUCAAAUGCUGGAGGCUGCAAGGGAGAGAGAAGCAGAGGAAAACCCUGGUCAAACCUAAUUCAUUCGCCUUUCCAGUCUCCGCUCUCUACCCCUGUGUGGCAGGAGAUUGGGCAAGCUGGGCCCAGUCCAUGGCAGCUCUUAAGGAGCUGGAAACUGAA